UACCUGAACAACAGCGACAAUUAUAUUUAUUAUGUCGAGGUCCAAAUUAUACAUUACAUGAAAUUAAUGAAUUAACAAAAAUUCAAACCUUAAUGUAUGAAAUUUAUACAUCAACAGAAGUAUGUACAAAGGAUGAACAAUAUUGUUAUAAAGGUGAACCAGAUUUAGAACGUAUUAUGUCCAAUCCAAAUUCAACACCAGAAACAUUAUUAUGGGCAUGGACAAAUUGGCAUAAUGAGGUUGGUACACAAAUCAGACAAUUGUAUCCAGAAUUUGUACAAUUGAUGAAUAUUGGAGCACAGAGGCAAUCAUACCAUGAUAUCGGUGAAGUUUGGCGCGAAGAAUUAGAAAUCGAUAAUUUAGAAACAUUCGUUCUUGAAUUAUAUGAAGAUAUCGCACCAUUAUAUAAUGAUUUGCAUGCGUUAAUUCGAUAUAAGUUAUUGAAAAAAUAUGGACCAGAUAUAAUUGAUCCAUAUGGAUUAAUACCAGCACAUUUACUGGGUAAUAUGUGGGCUCAAGAUUGGAGCUCAUUGAUAUCGUUAUUAAUUGGCGAAAAAUUUGAUUUAGAAUCUAAAAUACAAUCGAAAAAUUGGACGUCCAAUGAAAUGGUCCGAAAAGCAGAAGAUUUUUACAUAUCAAUGAAUCUAUCACGAAUGACUGAUAAAUUUUGGAAAUAUUCACGAUUUGAGAAGCAAACAGAUAAAAAUGUUUCAUGUCAUGGGACGGCUGCUGAUUUGUUUGCUACUAACGAUUACAGAAUAAUAAUGUGUGUUGAUGCAACGUUAAAUGAUUUUUAUGUAAUUCAUCAUGAAUUAGGGCAUAUUGAAUAUUAUAUGGCGUAUAGAGAUCAACCACCAAUUUUUCGAGAAGGAACAAAUUCAGCAUUCCAAGAAUCAGUUGGUGAUACAAUAAUGCUAGGUGUAAUGAGUCCAUUUCAUUUACAUCGUAUAGGAUUAAUUAACGAUCAUCAAUUAAUGGAUCCCGAAUACAAUAUGAUAUUAUUAUUGUAUCAAGCACUAUCAAAAAUUCCACAAAUACCGUAUGCAUUGUUAUUGGAUCAAUAUCGUUGGAAAAUAUUUAAUGGUCAAAUUGAAUACAAAGAUAUGAAUGGAAUUUAUUGGCGAUUAAAUAAUGUUCUACGUGGUAUUCAAUCACCAGUGCCACGUGAUGAAACUCAAUUUGAUGCUGGUGCUAAAUUUCACAUUGCGGAUAAUACACCUUAUAUCAGAUACUUUCUAAGUUAUGUUUUACAAUUUCAAAUAUUCAAAGGCAUGUGUGAUAUGGCAAUAUUUGGUAAACCAUUGGACGAUGAAUUUGAUCAAAGAAAAAUAACAUUCCCAUUAAAUCGAUGCGAUAUUUAUGGAUCAAAACCAGCUGGUAAAAGAUUAAGGAAAUUUAUGGAAAAAGGUGCUGGGAAACAUUGGACAAAAAUAUUACCGAUUAUAACUGGUACAAAUAAAAUAUCAACAAAGCCAUUAUUGGCGUAUUUUAAUCCUUUGCAUAAAUGGUUAAAGAAACAAAUUCGUACAUUUCAAAUUCCUGUUGGAUGGUAA